ACAAAUAAAGUAUUCAAGCACAACAUUGAAUCUAUCAAUAAAAAAAAAUUUUGAAUGGCUUUCUUCACCAAAUGCCGAAUCUGCAUUUGCACGCUUAAGGAACCUAACGGAAAAUAUGACAUGAAAAAGAUUCCAUUGCUUGCACAGAAGUUUAGCACUUGUACAGAUUUGGCAAUACCCACAGAGGAGCAUCUCCCUACUGAACUGUGCCGACCAUGCCACGACAAGUUGGAACAUUUCUACUUAUUCCGCUCUCAAUGCAUUGCGUCCGAUACAAAGUGGCGCAUGGAGAUGUUAGCCAAUAAACAAAUCACAACAGUUGAAACGCAAAGAAGCACAGCAUUUAUUGAGGAGACAAACGCAAUUGUUGAAAUCACAGAAAGUGUUGAAGCAAACGAAGGAAAUACUUCAACAGUAAAUCCAGAAACGUGCUUAUUCAAAUGCGAUUUAUGUAGUGCACGCUUUCUAGUGGAGCAUCGCCUGGUAGCGCACAAGCGCCAGCAUGAUGGACUCAUGCCAUAUCCUUGCACAGAAGACGGCUGUGACAGAGCUUUCAAUCGGUUGCAUUGCCUGUCUGAGCACUUAAAGCAACACGUGGGAGACACAAGUUUGUUCAACUGCGAGCAGGCUGGCUGCAACAAAAGUUAUCGCCACAAGCCCACGCUAGUCAUGCAUAUGCGUCGGUGCCACAACCUGGGUCCGGAGCUAAGGUCGCACGUUUGUGAGUUCUGCGGCAAGAUAUUCAAUUCGUCAGCAGUGCUUAACGAUCAUCGUUACACGCAUCGGGACAAGUCGCAACUGCCGCAUGCCUGUUCUGAGUCCAAUUGCAAUCAACGGUUCUCUACCAAGGAAAAGCUUAAAGUGCAUAUGCUUCGCCACGCUGGCAUUAAGAACUUUAGCUGCCCCUACUGUGGUCUGCGCAAGACGACGCGCAACGAACUCAAAAUACACAUAAACUAUCAUACCCUGGAGCGCACAUACUGCUGCCGCUUCUGCUCAAAGGUCUGCCACAGCUCCGGCAAUCUCAAGUUGCAUGUGCGCACUGUGCACGAGCGUGCGAAGGACUAUGCCUGCAGUCACUGUGAUCGCCGCUUUGCCAAGCCAGACACGCGCAAAUACCACGAGAUGACGCACACCGGAGAGAAGCCCAAUAGUUGCGUGGACUGCGGCAAGCGCUUUACUCAGCCGGCAGCACUACGCACUCAUCGCAAAAUUCACGAGCGCCUGCGACAAAAGACACUUGCUACAACUACAGUGUAUACCUUAGCUUUAAGUGCCCCUACUGAAUAAAUUGGCUAUUAAGCAAGACCAGGAGAUUAACUCAUAUUUUUGGAAACACAUAUAAAUGUUUGCUUAAGUAUAUAUUUUUGAAAUUGUUAUCAGUAAAAGUUA